UAGAAGACAACCAUAAUACGUAUCAUGACACUAAAAUUUUAAUUGAAGUGAGAAGGUAGCUGCAGUUGUUCAGUCGUCCUAAAAUUUCUGUCGCGGGAUCAUCUGUUAGGUGUGGCGUCCGAUUCAACUUCUGAAAGGUCGAUAAAUCCCGAAGGAGGAAUCAGAAGCUUCUUCAAUGGAGAUCUCGUCGAUGAUCGUCUCCGCCUCGUCCUGCUCAUUGUCACCGUUUCAGACGCAGCGGAUUGCUGGGCCUCGGAUCGGAGUUAGCUUCCUAUGUUCAACCGCAAAACCUCCAACAUUUGAACGGCAUCGAUCCAAGCAGCGCUUUGGCUUCGUUCGAUCUCAGGUCAAUUCUAGCUUACAACGUGACUUGCAUAGAUUCCCAGAGGAAAUUAUCCAGAAACCAAAUGGCUUAUAUUUAAAUAAAAGAGAAAUAGGGAGCAAACCUCCAUGCAUUGAAUGUCAGGCUAAGGGUGCAACCUUAUGUGUCACUUGCUCAGGUUCAGGCUUAUAUGUUGACUCCAUUCUCGAGAGUCAGGGAAUUAUUGUUAAAGUGAACUGUUUAGGUUGUGGAGGCAGUGGAAACAUUUUGUGCUCAAAAUGUGGUGGGAGAGGUCAUGCUGGCUUUAAUUAAGCUUUCUGGUUUUAGCUUACCUUCCUUUAAUCUUUAAAAUCUGUACCUAAUGUUCAAAUUCUGGCUUUUUAUGUAUUUGAUCAUUUAAUAUAACAUUAUUGAUAUUCAUUUGAUCAAUAUAGAAGAGCUUAUAUCA